UCGGAAAGUACGAUUAGCUCCGCAGUGAUGCGCGUAAGAGCUGGCGCAGUGGUCCUGCCAAAAAUGGCAGAAGAGUGAUGUGAAAAUUAUCAAAUAUAUUGUGCGAAGUCGUAUCUCUUGUGCAUAUUCGUCGUAUCUAAGUGCCGUCACGAUGUCGAGCACAUUAGAGAACAAGAUAUUGAAUUUGCAGGAAAGACUCAGGGCAGAGAACGAGUCGAGAGAUAGAGACAGGCAGAGCAAUGAGGUUGGCCCAGGUAUGAGUCUACAGCCGUCAUCCUCGGGUCCUGCCUCGAGUUCUGCCGUUAGAAGACCCAGACAACUUGGGCAAGUAAGUACACCAACACGGCCAAGAAAACAGUUGGAUCUACCAGUCCUGCAUAUGUCACCACCAAAGAUGCAUGACAGUGAGUUUGAGUUAAAGUUACAAGAAAUCAUGAAAAUGAAUGGUAUAUUGAAUAUCAAUGGGCAAAAGUAUCAGACGGAAAUGAAGGAUUUAGAACAUUUGGGGGAAUUGGGCAAUGGAACUUGUGGACAUGUUGUUAAAAUGAAACACAAACCCAGUGGGGUGGUUAUCGCUGUGAAGCAAAUGCGGCGGUCUGGAAAUGCUGAAGAAAACAAAAGGAUAAUCAUGGACUUGGAUGUAGUGUUGAAGUCGCACGAUUGUCCAUACAUUGUACAGUGCCUGGGGUGUUUUAUCACUGAAUCGGAUGUGUGGAUAUGUAUGGAAUUAAUGGCUACGUGUCUGGAUAAAUUACUAAAGAGAAGCAGGCAGGCGAUACCCGAAGAUUUCCUAGGAAAAGUCACCGUUGCGACUGUUAAAGCACUCUCGUACCUAAAGGAGAAGCACGGAGUAAUACACAGAGACGUUAAACCAAGCAACAUCCUUCUAGACGAGAUGGGCGGCGUUAAACUUUGUGAUUUUGGAAUAUCCGGUAGAUUGGUUGACAGCAAAGCGAAAACUAGAAGCGCCGGCUGCGCUGCGUAUAUGGCGCCUGAACGGAUCGAUCCACCGGAUCCCACAAAACCGGACUAUGACAUAAGAGCUGACGUAUGGAGUCUGGGUAUCACAUUAGUUGAACUAGCUACAGGAGUAUUUCCUUAUCGAGACUGCAAGACUGAUUUCGAGGUGUUGAGCAGGGUAGUACAGGAUGACCCACCCGCUCUUCCUUCAGAUACACCGUUUUCCAAGGACUUUCGAAGUUUUGUCAGUUGUUGCCUUACCAAGAAUUACAAGCAUCGGCCCAAGUAUCAUAAACUCAUGGAACAUCCCUACAUCAGAAAGUACGACAUCCGACAGGACGAUGAAACAAAUUCCUCGCUCCCGACUUCCGGCUGUCAGUGGUUCGGCAGAGUCAUGCGACAGCUGGAGCCAAGGUUAACUACAGGAGGUCAACAACGAGUUACGGGUCACGUGUCCUUGAAGCAGACUGCUCAUCUGAGGACCCACUCCGAAAUCCCGGCUUUCCUAAGAUGCAGCGCCACCAAAGAGCCACAGAAUUCCAGCUUCCUGCCGUUCCACCAGCGUUCCAGCAGCGAGAACGGCUCCAACUACGUUCCCUACAGUCCUUACGCUUUGCGACGGAAGGAAAUCGUUAGGCCGUUCUCGCCACCUAUUACCAAGGACUCUGGGGAGCUGGAACAUCUCAACGUUCAGCGACAAUUUUCGCCAUAUAGGCAGCACGUCGAGCAAACCAGGGACUUUGCAUCGAACAGUUGUACAGCCAAUGGCCAGAGUAAACCCGUAGGAAGACCCUUCUCUCCGUACAGGCAGGACUCCAAUCUCGUGGAAGUCAGCAGUAGACCGUGGUCACCGUACCACGGUCGAGUCGAGGAACGCGACAGUAGCAGAGACCGGUGGCAGGGUAUUUCACGGUCUCUGAGUCCCUUCGCCAGGGACUACUCACCUUGGCGACGGGAAAACGUAGACCCUCCGGGUGUCGUACCACCGCCUAGUGAGAGUGGUAGAUAUUCACCCUUUGUACAGCAACGUCUUGGACAACCUCCGCCAGUACCUCAGUCGCACCCGCAGGCCCAAGAUAUAUACGGGAGUCCUAUGGUUAGUCGUAAGAGAUUUCCUUCCGAGCCUCCACCUCAAGGAUCCCACGGUUCCACCAGUCCACAGUUGUUGAUCUCCCGCUUUGCGCAUCAGCUUAAGCAGGAACCACCGCCAAUCAUACCGCAGACUCAGGGUGGUUCCAAAGAAUCCGCGAAGAAGCGGUUUGCCUCGUACGUUAGACUCAGACUCGGUAGCGAACGUGCUCCGUCGCCGGAGCCACCGCCGAGAUUGAGUCGUGGCGAGUCUCCUCUGGUGCUUCGUAGAAACUUGGUGGACCAACCCUCGCCUUCGUUACCGAGAAGGUAUGUCUCACCGUCACCACCCCAACCACCACCAAGAAGAUUAUCGGAGAGCAAUUCUGUGCCAGGAAGUCCUCAGCACGUAAGAGCUCGUCUCCGCUACACCCCGGAACCACAAAGAAGGCCUCCACCACCAUAACCCACCGCUACCAGCAUAAUAUUUUGUUCCUCGUCGGUGCCAUACUUGACCAAAAAUAAUUUCGUAUCAACUUUCACAAAGCACCUGAUUCACCUGAAUCACUUGAAUCACCUAGAGAAGUGUCCCACUUGACGCUCCCAGGGGGGAGUCUUCGUACCGAGCGUUCACGAACAGUGUGAAAGCAAUGAAACUCAAUACUCUCGCACUUGAGCACUUGAAUCUCGUUACUCUCACUGUAACGCGAUUAUACGCUUAGCGUGUCAGCGUAGCAAGAGGUUCUUACACGCCUAGAAAAUAAUAGUUAAUGGGGAAAGUCGCGCUCGAGGCCGCGAAGAAGGGAUUUUCGUCCUCAGGAACGUUCAUGCGUUCAGAAGUACCAAUAUACUUUUUGCAAGGAUUUACGGGAUCUACAUGGGUCUCGCUGUUUUCGACGAGGAUGCUCCUCCGUCGGCGCAUAUUUAUAUGGAAUGCAAUAUGAUGCUCAACUUUUAUAUCGCUUUGCAAAGGAUCACGAGUGUUCUUUAACGGUUAUCAUAAUUUUUAAAUAUGACAUCAAAAAAGCGAAUAACAUGAACAGAAUAUACGUAGUAAAACGCACCAUGUUUGCUACUAUUGACGAAACUUUUCCUACGGUUCGUCAAGGAUUCCUUUGGAAAGAGAGACUCCUCUGCUUCUCAUUUUCGAGGAGCGAGCUUGUCGUGAGCUUUUCCUUUAGGAAGUAACUGUUCGCGUCAUGCCUUUCGCGAUUUCGACUGAAUGUUGUAUUUUCAAAUUCUCGCCACUUUUUUAUUAUAUUAAAUAAUAGAAAAUUGUGGAGGGUAAUACGUGCUCACUUGCUGUCAAUGACCGACGCUUUAUGCCUAGUAUUUCCCAGAUGAACUCCCAAGAGCCUUAUUAACUCUACGAUAAGCACAACCUAAAAUUUAACUCGACGAUUGCGUGGCUUUUUAAAGAAUGUCGAUCCCUCUCCUCUUCCAUCCCCUAAAUCGCUGCCUGUAUCGCGCAAUGACGCAAUAUGAAUGAUUGAAUACACACCAAAUUGCGCGAAGGUUGCUUUCAUCACUGAGAUAAAAGUGUUCUCCCCCCCUCCCCUCUCCUAAUUUCCUCUUCCUUAUUUUCUCCCCUUCUAAGAAUGAUACAAGCCCCAGCGCCUUUUUCUUCGUCCUAAACACUUUUAAUGACUCUAUAUUAUUUAAAUGAGAGAAGUGCGCCAAGGCUGGCAUGUUGUAAUUAUAUUGUUUCGAAUUAUUCAUUCAUUAACUACGAUCAGUCUACGCUCAUCAUUGGUCUUUUGUCAAUUAUUUGCCGAAAGGAUCUGUUACAAUGUAAAUAAACUUAAACCUAUAAUAAAGGAAGAAUUAGGAGAA